UUUAAAAGGCAGAGCUGCGGAGGAGCCGAGUCCGAGCACACACCAAUGAGAGGCCCCAUUCGGCAUCCGCCCCUCCCACCCCCUCCAGAGGUCAGAAGCUUUUGCGUGUUGUACUGUGGACCGUACGGUGAGCGCGGAGGCCUCAGGUUGGCCGUGGUUGCUCCGCUUGCCCGUCCGCUGCUCAAAUGGCCCUGAGAGGCGUUUCCGGGCGGCUGCUGAGCCGUGGACCAGGCCUGAGCCUCCUGCGCGGGUGGGGCUCGGCGGCGACGCAAACUGAAAAGGGCGGGAAGACACAGAACCGAGCGGCCAAGUCCUCACGUCCUGAAUUUGACUGGAGGGACCCGCUGCUGCUGGAGGAGCAGCUGACCGCGGAUGAGAUCCUCAUCAGGGACACCUUCCGCACCUACUGCCAGGAGCGCCUCAUGCCCCGAAUCCUGCUGGCCAAUCGCAACGAAGUUUUUCACCGGGAGAUCAUCUCGGAGAUGGGGGAGCUUGGUGUGCUGGGCCCCACCAUCAAAGGGUAUGGCUGUGCUGGAGUCUCUUCUGUGGCCUAUGGGCUCCUAGCCCGAGAGCUGGAGCGGGUGGAUAGCGGCUAUAGGUCAGCAAUGAGCGUCCAGUCUUCCCUCGUCAUGCACCCCAUCUACGCCUAUGGCAGCAAGGCCCAGCAGCAGAAGUACCUGCCCCGGCUGGCCAAGGGGGAGCUCCUGGGCUGCUUCGGGCUCACAGAGCCCAACCACGGGAGUGACCCUGGCAGCAUGGAGACCAGAGCCCGUCACAACCCAUCUAACAAGAGCUACACCCUCAACGGGACCAAGACCUGGAUCACCAAUUCACCUGUGGCCGACCUGUUUGUAGUGUGGGCUCGAUGUGAAGAUGGCCGCAUUCGGGGCUUCCUGCUGGAGAAGGGGAUGCGGGGCCUCUCAGCCCCCAAGAUUGAGGGCAAGUUCUCCCUGCGGGCGUCGUCCACAGGCAUGAUCGUCAUGGACGGUGUGGAGGUGCCGGAGGAGAACGUGCUGCCUGACGUAUCUGGUCUGUCGGGGCCCUUUGGCUGCCUAAACAAUGCCCGGUUUGGCAUCACCUGGGGCGUGCUCGGAGCUGCCGAAUUCUGUUUGCACACAGCCCGGCAGUACACCCUGGAUAGGAUCCAGUUUGGAGCCCCACUGGCCAGGAACCAGCUGAUUCAGAAGAAGCUGGCAGACAUGCUCACUGAGAUCACGCUGGGCCUUCACGCCUGCCUGCAGCUUGGCCGCUUAAAGGACCAAGACAAGGCCACUCCGGAAAUGGUCUCCCUGCUGAAGAGGAAUAACUGUGGGAAGGCCCUGGAUAUCGCCCGCCAGGCCCGAGACAUGCUAGGGGGGAAUGGGAUUUCUGAUGAGUAUCACGUGAUCCGGCAUGUCAUGAACCUGGAGUCUGUGAACACCUAUGAAGGCACUCACGACAUUCAUGCUCUGAUCCUUGGAAGGGCAAUCACGGGGAUCCAAGCGUUCACGGCCAGCAAGUGAGCACACUUCACCCGGGAGCCCAGAUGGCCUCCGGCUCCUUCCCAGGGAAAUGCUACGCUCUGAGCUUACUCAGGGAGGUGGCAGAUGGAGCCAAUUUUUAUAGUGGGAAGUGAGAGACACUGAUUCUUAAUUAUCAAAAUUUUCCCUUUGAAGUCAUUCAAAUGUGUUCCUUAAAAAGAAGAUGGGACUCUCUGUACCAAGUUUCUCAACCCACUUUUAACUGUGGAUGGGAAUGGAUUCCACUUAUCUUGGAACAGAAGCUUCUCUUGACAGGGCAGCAGGGAGAGGGAAGGAGAGGGACAUGGAAGCAGUCUCUGUGACACUGAUCUGAUGUCUGACUGAGCAAAUCCCGCCUCCCCGUGCCCCCCCCCCCCCCCCCCCCCCACCGCCUGCCACAGCAAGUUCACUGUGUGCCCUCUGAUCCUCCCAUCCUGGGGGUAAGUGCCUUAUGCUGGAGGUUGGAGCAGAAUGAAAGCGAAAGAGAGAAUAAUAAAGAGUCUGCAUGUCUGACCCCA